AUGGCUGCACUUCUACAACAUUUGGAAAAGCAGCUCUCCUGUCCCAAACAAAAGCUACCAAUGAUUUCCAUGCUGCAGAGGCUGCAAAGUGGACUGCCAAAGAUCUUCAAACUUGUGAUCAAAGCACCACCCACAGCUUGCAAAGUGCUCUUCCUGGCAUUGUUCUACCUGUGCCUAUGCCUGACAACAGCAAAAGAGCAUGAGUUGAAGAUGAUAAUUUUGAUGAUGCAGAAUCCAAUGAUGCCUGUCACCAAUGCUGGUCCCUCAUGUAAAGAUAAGACUCAUGACAUUGAUCAAUUUUUUGGUAAUCCAUUUGAGUGUGCUGGCACCAAUGGAACAGUCAAAAAACACUGUAAAUGCAAGGUCUGCCUUUCUAAUGGUUCAUUAUUAUUACACUACCAGAGUGACAUCAAAACUGAGAAAGAGAAAGCUGCCCAAGCUCAGCAAACUACCAAUGUGCAUAUGGUGGAAUGA